UUUUUUGAAGAGGAUGAUGAUGGUGCAUGUGUGCGUCGCCACUCUCACAGCUUCAUGCCGAUCUCAUGUUCCUCAUGUGCAUUGUCACACAUAAUCUUGUGGCGAAUUUCUAUGCUCGCACGCUCUGUUAUUUAGGAAUUUUUUUUAAGAUCUUAUUCACGCAGAAUCCGAGACAAAAUUUAUUACUCGUCCUGUAUUCAGAGGGUGUCCUUCUCGACAGAUCUCUUGAAAACCAUAACACUAUUUGAGUCAAGCUUUGUCGCAGCAUGUGGGUUUUCCGCGGGGGAUGCUUGUAAACAGUGAGAUACGAACACAUGCAAUUAUCUGAAUUGUAUGGCAAAUUUUAUAAUGAUCUUCACCUUAUCCGCUCCAGUCUAGGGCCAAGGUGUGGGAGGUCAGUGUUUGUGUUUGUGUGUGGGAGAUUAAGGGAUUGAAUAGUUGGAAGGAUAGACGGAUUUGUUGUUGAACGUGGAAUUUGAAUUGCGAAUUGCUACAAGUGGCUGUCACUGCUUGAUUUUUUUAUUUUUUUUAUUUUUUUUAUUUUUGGGUUUUGAUUCUUGAUUUUGGGGAUCGAUGGAAGCUGGCAUGGUAGGACGAGCGAUGGAGUUUUGAGUGAAGUUCGGAGGCAAUGGAGAAGUGAAGACUGUGAUACGAUAUUAACGCGUAACGUGAGGCGUGGGUGAAGUGGGGUAGAUUAAAGUUUUGAGGAGUCCGAGGAACUGUGCUCAGCGCGGGACUGGAAGAACAUUGAUGAUAAGUUAAAAGAAAUUAGAGUUACUCUCGCAUUGAUAGUUUAUUAGACAUGGAUAUUUUGGGAGAGGGGAACUGCGACCUUCUCAACUUCGACCAAGAGGAUGAUAACUUGCUGGGAAUAAGUCCUACAGAGCUCUGUUUAGGUGUGUCUCCAUCAUCGCCGUCAAUGUUGCCGUGCAUUAUGACGCUAGGAUCAAUGGAAGACCUGGAGAAUCAUUUUGGCGAAGAGAAAAAUAUGCGUGCGUCAGAUUCCAGUGCGACAUUGGCGUCACUACCUUCCAGGUCACAUGUGAUUCCAAGUUCUGUAUUGUCUGUGCUGAAUUUCAAUGAGAUGAACCAGCGCAGAAUCGAGGAACUGUGGUCCAAGAAGGGAAUUGGAAUUAAAGGUGCGUUGUAGACGACCUGGACAUAGGCCAGUUUUGCAGGGCUUAAGAACUGGAAGAGGAGGCACCUUGUGGACGACAGAAUCCAGACCAUAAGUUUAAACUGUAGUGUAUUAGCAAUUCUACUCAAACAAAUCCAAUCCUACUCUUCACGAUUUUUAGUCAGUCGUAAAGACAAUGGCAUAGAUCGUAGCGAACUCCAAUACCAAGUCACUGUUUUCUGUCGUCUAGAUUGAACACCUCAGCCGGCUUGCAUUCCUGAAACUACAUCUAUAACAGCCAUUUUACUCUGUAACUAACUUCUUCCCUACAGACCUGCAAUUCUGUACCCUUCGCUUUGAAGAAUUUCAGCUACAGCGUGAGAUGCACAGUCAUACUCAGGAAGCUGAAUUAGGAAUCUUCUGCAGAGUCAAUGCAAAUCGAUGGUAUUUGCGAGACUUCACCUGUGAAAAAUUCUGGAAACCUCACAAGUCAACAUGGCAGGAGUUACCUCGACAUUGAAAAUGAGCAGGAUGGAGGAACCUCUGAGAAGGGAGAAGGCGAACCUACUCUUCUCCGUAAAACUAGGAGGAGGCUAUCAACAACACUACGAAAAUCUCUAGCCUGGGAUAAAGCAUUUUCUACAGAUGAAGGUGUGCUGGAUAAUGAUGAAUUAUUUGCGGGGUUAGCAACCAUUUCGGAUGGGCCACAAAAUGUGAUUGCAUCAUUUGAAGAGAGGAGUACGCCUACCAAAUCACAAAUUAGACCAGAAGUAAGUUCCGAAGCGAAAACCGAAGUGAGGCUUGAAUUGCGACCAGAAGCGGAAUUGGAAGUGAGGCCGCAAAAUUUGAGAACCGUACUGAGACCAAAAUCCAGACCUGCAUCGAAAUCAAAGCCCCAGCAAGACCUUUUGCACUCGACUUCCCUUCGGCCAGUGCGUCAAAUUCAAACAGGAUCACAGGCAUUUUCAAGUGCAUCUUCCAGAGUGGCAGCAACGUCUCAGUGGUUCCCCUCAAUACCAUUAUCAACUAACUUCUCAAAAUUAGGAAAACAACUCGGAGGCGCUUGUAGUCCCACUAUUGAGCAUACCCACGGGACGAAUCCCUGUCAGAUGAAGGAGCCACCCAACACAUGCAUAGCUCAUGAAGCAAGACCUGUUGCGUUGAAAAUAGCCCACGAAGCACCAUCGCAAAUGGAACCCUGGGCCCGGCUACCAACAACCAGGAAGGUGCAGGAUAAGCCUUUGGAGGAGAUUCACAAGGUGAAGCAAAUAAAGAAGGUAGAGCUUAACCCUUCGAUGGAGAUGCAGAAGAUGAAGCAACCUAAGGAGGCACAUGCAACUAAGCAAGUCAAGAAAUUAGAGGUCAAGCCUGUAGAGGAAACACAAAAACUUAGGCAACCUUUCCUGAACAGGAGUAUGUCUACGCCCAAUUUACCCGACUCCCCUUCCACACCAUGUCGCAAGGUCUCAUCUAUGCCCAAGAAGAUGACGGAGACACGGGAGAAAGUGAUGGCAGUGAAUGUGACAGAGCAUGCGCCAACUGUUUUCAAAGAACCUUCCUUGUCCCAUAUUCACCCUGUGGACAACACGUUAAUUCUAUCUACCGUGCCGGAAGUUAAAGCUUCAAAUCGGAUGAGAUCAAAUGCAGCAGCUACGAAAGGAUCUUCUACGCAAGCCUCUUCUCUAGUGAGAAGCAAGAGUGCAUGUGCAAUUCCUGGGCAGCCAAAAGCUACCUCCUUGGGCCAUGCGAGGGGGUUUACACCUUCUGCACCUCCACCGAAAGUUCAUCCUUUGGAGCCGGUUGGAAGACCGACUAGUUUACGCAGACCUCCCAAGCUCGGCUUCUUUGAUGUGGGUAGGGCUUCAUCUGCUAAACAGAAAGCUGCAGUGGCUUCUCAACCUUUCCAAGGCAUCCAACAUGUAAGGUCAGGAAGUGAGGCAUCUACACCAAUUCCAUUGACAUUAAACCGAUUGCAUGAACUGGCGGCUGUGACAGUCUUGUCUCCUAUUCCCAGUGCUCCUCUUUUGAGAAACGGUGUGGCUUCUGUGCCCUCUUCUCCGAAAAGAAUUCAUGUCAUACAUCCCAGCCCUUCGAAGUGUUCUUCCACCACAAUCACUAGAGCCUCCUCUCCAAUUAUUGAAAGAGUUGCUCUUCCAGUAUACUAUUCAGGUAUUGGACAUGCCACGCAAUUUCCAGAAACUCACCACCUUCUAGCAAAGAAGAUGGUGAUUGAGAAUGGAAAUGGUGGCGUUUGUACAGCUCCUCAUUUGUCCGGAAUGGACUCCUUCAAGCUUCCAGAGGUAAUGCUUGGUCCUACAGAGCUUGAUAAGGAACCAGCCGGACUUUCUCAUGUGAGAUUCGCAACAACCCGGACCAAGCGCGAUUCAGUCGUCCCUCUAGCUCUGGGUAUCGAGGAUCUUACCCGAAGUGGCUCAAGAUUGGAAACGGGCGAAAAUGAAACUGACGACAACAAUAUGCAUGCGGGGCUACAGACUUCCGACUGUUCUGAAGUCUACUCUUCUUUACCUCUAUUGGGGUCAAACAGCCAUGUUUUUGAAAUCUCCGCAUCCAAAAACUCCGAGCGCAGUAGCUCCAUAGAGACUUCCGAAGUAUUAUCCCAAACUUGUGAUGAACUAAAGACCGAAGGCAGUUUUCUGAAAUCAAGUCUUCAAUAUUGCGGCAAUUUGAUUAACAAACCUUUAUGUCUUGCAAGCUCUGAUCAUCAAAAUAAUCAAGAUUUUGCUUAUCAUCCUGGAAAGGUUUUCGCCAUGAAUUCCAAAACUACUCUGGAGACAUCGUUGCCCAACGUUCAGUUGACUGUUGUUCAGGGACUAACUACAGCUGUAACCUCCUUUGAGCAGACCAGCAAGGCAACCAGGGACAGCGAUUUACCACAUGCAGCUUGUCCUACGACACCGGCUAACAGGGACUCCUCACGGAACAUCAGCGCACAGCUACCGGGGCAAUUUGAAUGUUUACAAAGCACGAGUUUCAGGGAAACCUCUGUUAAUGCGAAUGCAUCUGGAGAUUCACUUGUGGCUUCUAGCAAGUUCGUUCGCAGGUGUAGCCAGCGGCAGCCAUGGCAGUGCCCUGGCGGUAAAUUCGGCAGCGAUGCAUCACCAAACUUUUGUCCACCUACCUUUGCUUCUGGGAAGCAUCUUAGAUCAGCUUCUCCUACCUAUGCUCCAGACGUUGGUGGCACUUUUGAAAUUUUAACACUGAAGGGUCCCAAAAAUGUCCGUUGUGGUCGCACUUCAGGCAGCUCAUUAAAGGUGGUCAGAACGAUUCUUGAGUUCGGAAGCCCAACUUCACAGUGGUGCGACUGGCCGGUUCUUGGAGGCGUUUUCUCUGAAUACCAGAUAUCAGGAUCCAGUGAGGAGAAACCAGCCGAUUAUCAACGCGUAUUAACUAAGCAGCAUUCAACGGAUGUGCUAUUGAACUGUCCAAUGAGUGAUCUAAGUACUUCAGCGAACAUCAUGUUUGCUGAGAUGGAUGCUGGAUUUAUCGAUGAUUCAAUUGGACUUAAUCGGAGAGAAGUAUGCGGUUUAGCCAAGAAAGAAAAAGGUUCAUCCAUGUUCUCCUUCGCAAGAAAAGCUUUUUCGCGGUUGACAUCAUCUCCAACUCUUACAGAACCAUCGACACAGAAUGAUAGAGAAACAGCUAGACCGCACCAAACCAGUCCUCGAUUCAGUAGAUCUGGACGUAACCACAUAUGUCCUGCAAUUGAGCCCAUCACGGUCUCACCUUUCUCAGAAUCUAGAAUCUGUGAGCUGGAGGCAGCUGGAUCGUUUAAGAAGAAUGAGAAACCGCCGGAUCCGUUUGACCGAACCAAGCCCAACCAACACACAAGAUCAGUGCAUCGUGAUGUUCUGUGUACGCCCUUGCAAUUGGAGAUAAGUCGAAAUCCUUUGUUGCAGCAUGCAUGGUUUUCUUCCUGCCAGUGGCUGGGAACCAGAGCAAGGAGGCCUAGUAAAAUCAAACUUCGGAACGUUGGUCGAGCAAAGGAAUUCUGCUCCUCAUUCUCCUGCUAAUCCAAUUCUAUUCUUUUGGUGUGUUGAGCUGUAAAGCAGAUUGUGCUUAGAGAACUUUUAAUUAUUAUUUCCACUUCACCUUCGUCUGGGUCGAAUUCCUAACAAACAUUUUUAUCCUUUGCUUUUUGAUAAUGUAAUCCGUUGGCUGUGAUCGAUACCUCCACCUCUCAAAUUUUGGGUACACAGUAGCCCUUGAGAGGGUGAAAAUAUGUGGCCUUUUUGAUAUGAAGAGACAAAAAAUAAAAUAUUUGCAUGUAGAAUUUUUGUAGACAUUUUUUAAAUUGAUCACCUAGGAGCAAUUUGGGCAUGCUUCAUGUUCUUUGAUUACACCACAAGGAUGCUAGCAGUCAGAUAGAAACAAUGUAGCAUUGUGCGACAAGGUACAAAAUGGACAUUAAUUCAUGUUGCAAGUACAAAUGCAUCAGAACAAGGGAGAUAUGGAAUUUUGUGGAAUUUUUGUUAUAUAUUCAACAAGUUUUAGCUUGUGGUA